UCGUCCAUCCUUCUUCCCGCCCUCUCUGCCUCUGCCUCGCUCUCUCUCUCUGCCCCCAAAUUUUGGUAGAAAGGGCGAUCGGUUUCUUGGGAUCGUAAUCACCAAGAAUGAGCUCUCCGGCGAGAUCUUCGGUUUCGGCGAGCAACGCCGUCAUGGGCGAUGAGUCGCCCUUCUUCCAAUUCCACGAGGAUAUCGUUUCUGCCCAAGAUUGCAAACUAGAAGCAAUGACUGUUCUGAAAUCGGAUGUAAUGGCUGCAUUGCACAAGGAGGUGAAGUCAUUGGAUGAAGACAGCUGGAUGUUCUCCGGGCCUCGUUCCAAAAUUCACCUUGUAUCCAGACCACGAAAUACUGUACAAUUUUUGCCGCGGGAGCCAAUUGGAUGGAACUCAAGGAUGGGAAUUGGAGCCAGUGAAAGGCCAAUACUCCAUCUUCAGCCUCAUGAUACACUGUGUUACAAGCCACGAUGAAUCACAUGACCGAAGCAAAGCUGAAGGUAUUGCUCAAAGGUUGUAGUGUUGACAUGUUUUCCAGACAAAGUUUGGCAUAAGUGGAGCUUCGAACUUCGAGGCUUGUCAAAUCUUCUUUUCCUUCGGAAGAUCCAUGUCAGCUAUACCAUACUACUGUUGUGAAAAAUCACUAGUUGGAUCCUUUCUCCAUUAGAUGCUUUGAUUUCUUCAGGACAUUGUCCUGCAUAUAUUCCAAUUCUGUCUGACAUCUCGGCAAGUUGCUCAACCAUGACAUUGUCGAAGACAUCCUGGAUGGUGCCAAUAUGCAAAAAGCUAUUCUAGUGAAUUGCUUGUGUUAAGCACAUUUAUGUUAUCUAUUUUUGGAUCAAUUUUUAUGAUUAUGAACAUUGAGUUCCCCUUAAGCUAUACCACCAUAUUAAUACAACAAAAUUGGUUGCAGUUGUCACAAAAUA